UCGGAGACAUCGAGAUCAAGCACGGAGCGUCUGACAAGAAACCGAAGAAAGGCGAAAGUUUUAAAGUUUUUGAUAUGGAUGCAAACAGUAGACCAAGCAUUGGGCGGGGGAGAGGACGGGCCCGAAACCUGGCGAACGCUAUAAACCAGGGGGGAAACGCCGGCCAGUCGAAAUACGCACCGUUAAACGCGAAGAACGACGAACAACGUUUGCAGUCAUUGAAACUGGCAGUCGAUGAAUCGUUGCGUGUUUGUCUAACGAAAAAAACUUCGGAAAAUAUCAAGUCUUUCUUAUCAAAGGCAGAGGAAUACGCGACGAGUGAAAGCUUAAUCCAAAGCGUGGUAAACUCGCUGUUCGAGAUAUGUUUGGAACAGCGAGGUUUCGCCAUCAAUGGCGGCCAAGUGGUGGCUACAUUGUUUUCCUCCGAGAAGAUGCCGACGUUUCGGACAAUAUUUUUUAAAAAGUUUCAAGAGAUGUACACAAAUCGGGAGAUGCUGAGAAAAAAGGAAUUUGAGAAAUACAUUUGUUUUUCAACAUUCCUUUGCUCAAUAUUUAACGAUGUUCGACUAAGCAACGGCCAGGUCAUAAAUGUGUUAACAAAGCCAACAUACAAUAUGCUUUACGAUCUUCUGAACAAUCAAGAGGGCUUUCAAAGGGAAAAGGCGAUUGUGGUUUUUCGAGACAAUUUACUAAUGGUUGCUCCUCUUCUACAUAAGACAGACAAGAGUCAAAUGGAUGAGCUUUUCAAUAGAGUGAGAGUAGGUAUUGUUAGGGACAGUUCCCCAACAAUUACAUGCACACUUCUUCAACUACUAGAACAAUACUUUGCUGGAGAUUGGUCACUUGAACCCGAAACAAAAGGUUUUUAUGAAAACUUAUUCAAUCACAUCACAACUAAAUCAUAAUAUUUUUAAUACUAUAACUUAUUGUUGGAAAUCCAAGCAAUUCUCCAUUUUGUAAAUAUGUGUAUUUUGAGUUUUGUAAUGGACCAUCCAUAACUUUAAUUCGCUGGUUGAUGUAAAGAUUUUUAAUUUGUUAUUAUACAGUUAUCGCUUUACAUGAAGUAUCGGUGUGUGUUUGCUAUGGUGAUAAUGACGUGCCAUAAAAAUUGCCGGCACCGGCACAGAUUUAUUUUCGUUUCUUUUCCAAUACUUGGAAAUUUAUAAAAUUUUAUACAUUUCUUGGAACGCAAAAUACGUACGUAAUGAUGUCAUAUUCUUUUUGCCCAUACUCAUUCCAAGAGUUUAGCAUCCUUUAUCAAUAUAUCCAUCAAAGCAGAAACCUACUUCUGUAGUAGCACUAGCCUAUGAUGCAGGAACCAUAAUCACCCUUAUUCACCUCUGCCACACCAUGCCCAUGGAUGGGAAAAGAGUAUCAAAUAUUUAUGGUCAAGUUUAUGACUUUGCUAAAGAGAUGGUGACAUCCUUAGACCAGGUAUAUCCAGGCGACCAUAUUGCAUAUGAACGUGUCAAACUCUACUGGCACCAUGUUAUUGUUGAGGACGUUGACAGGGAACUUGAAGAGGUCAAAAUCAUCCAUUAUUAUAACAAUGUGAGAGAGUUUUUUGAAACAACAAGUAAAGAAGGUUCUUUAGCUCAGGUCAUGAGAGGUUCAAUCAAGUUCUGGUCUAAAAGGUUUUACCGUAUCGUCUACAAUGUUGAGACCUAUCCUCCUGAGAAAGUGUUGGAGCUUGCUUGUGACAGACUGGGGGAAAAGAAAUACAAUCCAUUGACUAGUAACUGUGAGCAUUUCUGCACUGAGUGUAGGAUUGGAAAAGCUGCCAGUGUUCAGGUAGAAUAUUUAGUGGAGAACAUAAUUGCAACAGUACUGCCUUCUCUAUCGCGGCCACUUCUGGAAUUCUUGCUGAGGAAAACUGUUCAAAAAAGCAUCGAGGAAUUCACUAAAAAUACUGCCAAACAUCUCGCUCGAGAGAUCCUACCUAAACUUUCGCAUGCGGUGUUCCGCAUAGCCUUGCUACGUUGCAUCGGACUCGUGGGAUCCCGGGUGUCCUGGGUGUCAUUGCAACAGAGUACUGUUGUAAUCGUACGGGGAGUUGUUGCGACCGAGGCGGGGAGGCUUUGUAAGACUGGGACCAAGGAGGUGGUCAGGAGUCUUGGGCAAAGUUUAGCUGUGAAAAAAAUUCCCGAGGGUACCAGCUCCCGGAAAGCAGUUUGUCGCAUGACAAAGUCUGGCGUUUUAGCAGGCGUUGCAAUUGAAUUAGCGUUUAUGAGUAAAGACAUUCGGGCCGCGUCGGUGAAGAAGAACGCGGGCGAGAUUACGAAAGAAGAAUACGAGGAGACGGUGAUUAAGAGAGUGGUGGGGGCUUCGGUGUCCGCCCCCAUGUCGCUGGCGGGAAGUGUCGUUGGACAAUAUGUACUGCCGGUGCCCGUCGUCGGCAACGUGAUUGGUGGAAUCACUGGAAGCGCUGCUGGCAGGGUUGUCGGCGCGGUAUUAAGUGCGGGUGUGAUAAGGACCAAAGAGCGUGUCGGGAAGUUGAUGAAAUCCUUCUCGUGGAAACGCGUUUAGCUGCACACUCCAGUGUCUUUGUGAGAUCACCCGGAUAAGAUAUCAUUAUUUAUGAUUACGGAUUAUUAUUUUUUAAUCAGUCAAUUAAAAGAUAUGAUAUGUAUUUUAGAUAUAUAUAAUGUGGUU